UGUGUUUUUAAUUAUAGCAGAGUAGUUAAGUUCACACCUUCAAAGACUUUCUUUGACGUCUGACGUUUUUGUUGAUGGUCUUGUCAUUUUUUCCCCCUCUCUCCUUUUAAAUGGAUUACUCUUUGCAAAAGAUGCCUUCUGGUACGCCAAGCCUAGACUAGCAUUUAUUAAUUUUGUUUAUAUUAAAUCCAGUUCAACUCUAUGCUGGAGACAGUCAGUCUUUGUCAUGGGAUCAUUUUAUUUUCCUUAAGCAACUUCAAGGGCUUGAUUGAACAUUUGGAUGGCAGGUCUGCAUCUUGACUCGAGGCUGUAAGGAAAGAGAAUAAAAUCUGACCCGAUCUCUAAUAGCUGUCACGGGAAAGGAGCUGAAGAUUCACUAAAAGAAAAGAAAGUACUAACGCUCCUCACUAAAGCUCCAAGACUAACCACAAGAAUUCAAAGCAGCACUUGGAGUUUCUCUCUGAAUCACUGGAUAGCCUACCAGACGAACAAGAGACAGUUCAUUUAUUACCUUACCGAGUACAUAAAUGGCAGUGUAUGAGGAGGUAAAAGCUCGUAUCUGACAGCAGAGCGGCUCAUUCACCUGGUGUACACAGAGCGCCAGCAGCGCAGCCUACGCACUUUGGGUUUGUCCCAUUGCAAGAGACGCGCUCAGUGCGCGGCGCGCCCUCCCCGAGGACAUCCAGCGGACCCGGCGUUAUAGAGGAGCGCACCCGAGCCUCUCAUCUGUCAAUCAACCAUGUGGUUCAUCAAUCUAACUUUGCUCGUUCUCAAGCUGUCUGUGUCUGCGGAGGGAUUCUCCACGUGCCAAUCCUACAGCUUGGACGACCACAAAUCUAAAAGGAUCGAGGCGGUGCGCGGACAGAUUUUGAGCAAGCUGCGCAUCCGGAGCCCUCCGGAUCCCGAAGCCAAUCCUUCACCGGAGUCGGUACCGGUGGAGGUGAUGUUACUUUACAACAGCACGAAGGAACUGCUGAAGGAGCGCGCGCGCCAGGCCGAAGUCGCAUGCGAGCGGGAGAGCAGCGAGGAGGACUAUUACGCCAAAGAGGUGCAGCGGAUCAAUAUGAUGCCACUGCGCGCAGAUACGAACUCAAUCCACCCGGUUCCUCAGAGCCCGUACUUUAGGAUAGUGGGCUUCGACGUCACCAACGUGGAGCGAAAUUCCAGUACUUUAGUCAAAGCAGAAUUUCGCAUCUUCAGAGCACCAAACCCACAGGCGCGCACCACAGAGCAGCGUGUGGAAAUAUACCAGAUUCUCAAAUCUGAAGACGUGACAGCACCGUCUCAGAGGUAUAUUGACUCCAGAACAGUUGAGCCUCGUGCCAAGGGGGCAUGGCUUUCUGUCGACGUCACUGAGACUGUGAAGGAGUGGAUGGUGUUCAGAGAGAGGAAUCUCGGACUCAAGAUCAGUGUUCACUGUCCCUGCUGUACAUUUGUCCCUUCCACAAACAAUAUUGUCCCUAACAAGAGCGAAGAGUUGGAAGCCAGAUUUGCAGGUAUUGAUGACGACAUUAUAAAGCAUAACAGAAGACCAGGCAUGACUUCUGGACAGAUUGAAUUCAGCACAAAAACUCCACAUUUGAUACUCACCCUGCUGCCCACCGACCGUCUGGACAUUCCCACUAAGAGAAACCGCAAGAAGAGAUCAGCAGCGGACACAUCCAUAUGCUCACGAACUGACCAGGGCUGCUGUCUGAGGUCUCUGUAUAUCGAUUUUCGUCGGGACUUGAACUGGAAGUGGAUCCACGAGCCAAAAGGGUACAAAGCUAAUUUCUGUGCGGGGAACUGUCCUUACCUAUGGAGCGCAGACAAUCACUACAACAUGAUUAUCCCGCUGUAUAAUAAAAUGAAUCCAGAAGCAUCAGCAUCUCCGUGUUGUGUUCCUCAGGAUCUGGAGCCCCUCACCAUUGUUUAUUUCCUAGGCCGAACCCCCCGUGUAGAACAGCUCUCCAACAUGGUGGUCCGGUCCUGCAAGUGUCGUUGACGCAGUGGAAAGAGAAGACAUAGAGUUCUCAGACAGAGAACAGAAAACAGGUGGAUCAGAGGAGAGCAAACUAACAUCUCAAUGAAUGGCAUCUUAAAGGGAUACUACACCCAAAAAUUUAAACUGUCCUCAUUUACUCAUUUACAUUCCAAAAUGGGAUGCAUUUCUUUCUUCUGACACGCACAAUAUAAUCUAAAGAAUGUUUUGAAACAAACCAUUGACUUCCAUUGUGACACUGAGACAUUUCACAAAAUGUUAUCAUUUAUGGUCUAUAGAAGAAAGAAAUGAAUCUUUAUUUUUUGGGUGAACUAUACCUUCAAACUUGUGGAAAGAGGAAUAGCAUAUAAUCAUACAUCAAGCAUCUUCAAUAAAGGAGCGAUAACCGUCUCCUGCAUUGGUAAUAGUCUAAUAAAUAAGCUUUUUUAACAAGUAUCUCCUCGCAUUUUCAAUAUCGUACACAAAGCACACGCCAGCAGUACAGUUUUUUUUUUUGAUUUUGUACGAAGUUUACUGUAGAUCGGUUUAUAUUUUUGCAAGUGUAAAUAGUUUUUGGUGAUGUUUAUAUGUGUUUAUUUGCUAAAUACAAUA